AUGAGGUUGAGAGUAUUAUUCAAAAUUUUUGGUGGGGUACUUCGAGUUCAGAUGUUGGCAUUCUGUGGAAAGCUUGAAAGCAGGUGUGUUGUCCUAAAUAAAUGCGAUGGAGGUUUGGGUUUCAAGGACAUUGAAAAUCUUAAUGAUGCGUUAUCAGCAAAACAGUUUUGGAGGCUUCAUUGUGUUCCCAAUUCUCUUUUUGCUUGGGCUUUGAAGGUCAAGUAUUUUCCGGACGUGUCUAUUUGGGAGUCUUUAGUCGGUCAUAAUCCCAGUUAUGUGUGGAGGAGUAUUUGGAGUGUUCGACAUAUUGUCGAUAAAGGGUCUCGUUGGUGUAUUGGGGAUGGUAAAUGCAUUCAGAUUUGGAAAGACUCUUGGGUUGCUGGAUUUGGAUCUGGAAAGAUCAUUUCUCCUCGCCACGGCCUUAAUGAUAGUGCUAUUGAUGUGACUAUAGUGCUCAAUACUUCUUUUUGA